AUGCUGGAAUCGCGGCUCUCCCGGCCUCCCACGCUCAACAUGGCCCGUCUAGCCCUCGGGCUAAGGCACAGCUGUUGCUUAUCCCCAUUGAGGUACCAGUUACUUCGGCAAGUCCCUGCUUCAGCCACAUCCAUCCGGGCUCCAGUAAGGGCCUAUUCGUCUGUCUUCUUAUCUAUACGUACAUAUAUAUACACCUUCUUGCGUAUUCAUUUCACUUACUUGAUUUUCUCUCCAGGUCAUAACCAGACUGCAUCCCAAGGCGCUUAUUCUUAUACAUAUCCUCCUCCUCCUCCUCCUCCUACAUAUAAAAAACGGUCACUUUUCCGUCGCAUACUCGGUUUCUCGGUUAUUGCCCUCGGCUCUUUUCUCGUCGGCGCCAUGACAAGCCCGGAACUUGUCGACCUGGGAAGCGAGAUCGCUUCUAUGCGGCAGCUUUCGAAGACUGAGGUGCUCUACAUACCCCCGGAUGAGAUAUCCAAGGAAAUCAAUGACUAUAUCGACACACAUCCGCUGGCUGUUUCACUACGGGGAGAUGCCAGAUACACCGAAUCUCGACCGCAUCUAGAACAGCCUUCUAUGACUCGUGCGCACAGCCUCACGGGCGGCACAUUGACAGGUCCAGGCCGUAUAGUCGUGCCUCCAUUCACCUGGAGCACUACGGACGGCUCAUCGUUUGUCUCGAUAUUUUAUCUGGGUUCCGACGUGUGUGGUCACCCUGGUAUUGUCCACGGUGGACUCUUGGCUACUCUGCUCGACGAAGGGCUUGCAAGGACAUGUUUCCCCGUUUUGCCGAAUAAGAUUGGUGUCACGGCCAAUUUGAAUAUUGACUACCGUGCCCCUGCACCAGCCGGAGAAUUCUUUGUCCUGAGAGCAAAGGUCACCAAGGUCGAUGGCCGUAAGGCAUGGGUGGAGGGUUGGAUUGAGGGCCUGCCGAAAGAUGGAACCGACCCUGUCAAAGCCGAAGAUGGCUGCAGUAAGUUCGAUCAUUUUACCACCAUCAGUCACCCUUGUGCUGUAGCUAACAUGUUUAACCAGCUACUUACCAAAGGCCAAAAGGACACCUCUGCCAAAACUUCACCCUCCACUGCCCGUUGA